AUGACCGACAGUAAACGCAAAUCAUUUGAAGAUUCGCUCCCUAUAGCAACCAACAAACUAACCACUGCAAAAUUUCCCGAACAAUUGGAAACCUACCGUAAUGAACUUCAUCGUGAAUUAGCUAUGCAAUGGCCAUUUCGCAAUGAUAUACCGGAUUCUAAAUCCAUUGCUCAUACUGUGACCCGCGAUGGUAAUAAAUCAACUUUGACAUUCGACGAUAAAGAUAUUCCACAUAGUCGAUCGAAUAAUUUAACAUCAACAAAUUCUACUGCGCUAAUUGGUAAAAAAUCCGAAACACUCAAUCGUAUAGUACCACCAACUGAUAGUCAAUUUUCUCUUGAUGAACAUCAACAAAAUAUUGAAUGGAAUUUAAAAGCACAAGAAGGCAUUGUAACUUAUCAAUUGCCUGAUGGUCUGCCCGAUGGAGUUGCCCUACAAACUAAACUUCAGAAAUUAAUGAAAACAAAUACAAUAUUUUUAAACGAUAGGAAGUUUUGGACUACAUUAGAAAAUCGAUUUAAAAAAUUAAGAAAACAAAAUUUUCAAGAAAAUAUGGAACGCCUACGUAAAAUGCAACAACAAUAUGAACAAGAACUGAUUUCAAAAGGUAUAUUGCCACAUACAACUGAAGAAGCUAUUCGACAAUAUGCAGAACAACAACGAACACAAAUAAAACCGGACAAAACUAUUACGAACAAUUCAAAUAAUAAAAAAUGUUUAUUCGAUUUAAUUCCGUCAAAUAAAGAAGCCGACUCUAAUCUAUUGAAUCGAAAUGAAGAAUUCGAAGCAUUUGAAACGGAUAAUGUUCAUCCACGUUUUCAUGAUAUUUUUACAGAUUAUAAAUUUCAAACAAAAUUAGGAAAAGAUAUCAGAGAAAAAUUUCAAGAUGAUUUAGUCAAAACUCAAACACGAAUAAAAACAAUCUUUCCAAAAACAAAUCAACAAGAUCUUAUUCGACAAGAUUUAGACAUUGUUAAAACAAGCGAAGGACUUUAUGCUUAUUCAAAUCGUUUGGCAAAACGAACAUCGAAAUAA